ACAAGGCGAAGGUCCAUCAUCAAACAAGAGAACAAAAUUGUCCGCUUAAGUUACCGCUUAAGCAAUUUAAUGCAGGUUAAAAACCUGCAAAUUAAACAUUCUACGCCGAAUGUCCGGAGUAUGCAAUUAGUUUGCUCCCCGCUACUUCCCUGUUCGUUGUAUCCUUGAACACCCCUUCAGCUGUUACAUGGCAAUCAUUAACCAAUAGGAAAAGUUGUACAAAUAAAGCAUAUCUUCCAAGCAACAAUUUGUUUUCCGCUUUACAAACAAAAUGAGAGGCAAAUUCAAUUUUUCUAUUUUUAUACAUUUUUUUUAUAUUAAUAAUACAAAUGGCAACCUCACCUACAGCUGAAUUGCAGUCAAGGCAGAGAGUGAGCAGGGCCUGUGACCUAUGUAGACGAAAGAAAGUAAAAUGUGACGGUGCGACACCUGUUUGUGCAAAUUGCAAAAGUUUUGGACUAGAAUGUACUUUUAAAGACAUGACAAAAAAACGAGGACCUCCAAAAGGAUACAUUGAGGCUAUUGAAAAUCGAUUAUACAAAUUAGAAAAUUUUCUAGCAGAACUAGCAAAAAGUGGUGAUAUACAAUCAAAUCAUUUAUUAAUGGAAUUAAACUCUCCUUUGGAAACACCAACAGGAGAACAGAUUCGGGCACGACCGGUGAGAAGGGUACCAAAGUCAGAGCGAAAUAAAGUGUUUUUCUGGCAGCAAGACAAGGCAGGGAAGCGAAAAAGAGAAAGUUUAUUGUCAGACAGUGAUACAAAAGAUUAUCAACAACAGGAACAAGAUCUAUCAUCAAGAGAAGAGUCAAUGGAUGAAGGAGUUGGUCAAUUGGCUAUGGAUGAGAAUGGGCAAGUGAGAUAUCUUGGUAAAUCAUCUGGGUACUAUUUAUUGCAAAGCAGCCGAACAUAUCAAAAUGGCGCAUUUCAUUUUGCAAACUAUGGAAAAAAGCGUAAAAGGAUACCUCAGCUGCGGCCUGUUGAUCCGCUAGAACUGCCGCCCAAAGAUCUAUCAGAACAUCUUAUCAUCCUGUACUUUCGAUAUUUCUACCCAUUCUUGCCUUUAUUCUUUAGACGCCAGCUGUUUUCUGCUGUAGAACCAGGAGUAACGCCCCUUCUGCUGAACUCAAUCUAUGCAGUUGCCUCAAGGAUAUCACCAGAUGUCAGGGUCCGAUCAGAUCCAGCUUCACCUGAUACUGCUGGUGAUAUAUUCUUUGAAAGAGCUGAGAGAUUGCUGGAUGAGUCCUAUGAUAAGCCAAGUAUAUCAACCGUCCAAUCACUGCUGUUACUCGCCAGCCAUCAGCAUGGCGCAAUGAGAUCUGCAAGAGCUUGGCUAUACAGUGGCAUGGCUUUUAGAAUGGCGCAAGAUUUAGGAUUGCACCGAAAUUGCGAUCACUGGAACAUACCUCCAGAAGAGCGUGAGAGACGAAAGAGAGUGUUUUGGUGCUGUUAUAUUGUUGAUAGACUAGGGAGUGCAAUGUAUGGACGAGCAACGACCUUUGAAGAAAAGGACUGUGAUGUGCCAUUCCCAUCAGUAGACGAUCAUAAUCUGCUUUCUUCGGAUGGUGAACCAGUUCGUUUAUUAGACAAUUUUAUCAACUUAAUCAAAAUAUGUGAUAUACUAGGGCAUGUUCUCAAGUGUAUCUAUUAUGUGCGCUCCUUGCAGAAUACAGAAGCUAAACAAGCAGAUUCAGUGCUUACUACAUUAAACAAGAGACUACAUCAGUGGUAUGAUCAGUUACCCAGCUCAUUAAGAAUCAAAAAUGACAAAUCAGGAAAGGCACCAAGUGUCGCUGUGUGUCAAUUACACUUGAUUUACUAUACAACUGUCAUUCUAUUGCAUAGACCAUUUAUACCUGGACCUGACCAAAGCGUAUCAGUACCAUCACUUUUGCCUUGUGCUUCUAUUUGCGCUUCAGCUGCUGACUCUAUUUUAUCCAUCACAACUUAUAUGCUAGAGCAUAACCAGCUUAAAUACGUUUGGAAUUUUGCAGUCUACUACAUAUUUUCAGCUGGUAUCAUAUAUAUUAAAGACGCCAACGACAGUAAUUCUGACAAGCUAAUGGAAGCAAGGAUGAAAGUGAAUAAAUGCAUGCAGGCGCUGGAUGAGAUUGAAUCAACAUGGGUGACAGCAAGUAAACGAUGUCAGAUUAUUGCAGAACUGACCGGCCUUCAAGAUCCUAACCUAGGAAAUGAUGAUCGAGAGAACAGUAUAUCAUCCUGGCAACCUCAUGAACUCUAUAGUGGACGGAUAAGCUCAACAACUGUAAAAAGUGAAGAAUUUGAUGACCGUAAAUCUCUGUAUACGACAAACAGUGCCGACUUUGUGAAUCUUCCUAAUCCAUAUCAGCCACAAAGAAUAAAUAGUAUCACAAUGGAUCCAUUCGCAGCUCCUGGCAUUAUUCCAGUUGACAAUAAUAUUAACAACAAUAAGCAAUAUGAUACUGGCUCAUACUGGGAAUCUUCGCUUGAUGACUGGGAUCAGUUCCAAUCAUCACACCAUGAGGCCGCUCUUGUAACCUCAGCACCGUCAGUAUCACAUUAUCAAGAAAAGCAGCAUUUGAUACACACAGAUCAAAACGUGGACGUAUUGUCAGGGGUGCCGCUGCCCUGGGAGACAGCACCAUCGUCGGCAGCAAAUAAUAAAACAAGUGGAAGUUUUAUAAACUAUCUGCAGUCAAAUAAUGAAAAUGACAGAAGCAGCGCAGAUGGCGGGCCAUCUAACAACAGCAAUAAUAACACACUAAAAGAUUUAGCAAAUGCGUAUUACUGGUAGUUGAAAGACAGCCUGGUUUUUCUUCUCUUUUUCCUAACUGAGCUAGAUACACAAAAAGAGGAACUACUACUACUACUACUACUAC